AUGUGCACAUUGCUUUGGAAAAUAUGGAAUUCUAGGAAUCUUUGGCAUUUUCAGCAAAAGUUUAAGGACCCUCAUAAUAUGGCGUUGGAUGCUUGGGAUUGUGUGCUUGAGUUUUAUAAGCAGGUUCCCGCGGCUAUUAGAAAGUGUCCUAAGCCUCGGCAGGAGUGCUCUUUUGGACAAGGAUUUAGCAGUGAUCCAAUCGGGUGUAUGAUAAAAUCUUGGGAUUCAAAGGUAAUUUAUGCUGCUUGCGUGAAGGAUUUCAUGUCAGUUGACCCCGCUACUGCCGAAAUGCUGGCCAUCUGGUGGAGUUUGCAAAAUGCAAAAGAACUUCAAUUGGAGAAAACUCGGGUGCAGUCUGAUGCUUUGACAGUCAUAGAUUGUAUCAAUUUCAUUGGCACCUUGGUUGAUUUAGAGUUUAUUACUAGUGAUAUUAGAUCUUUGCUUGCUAGUUUUAAAAUUAGGUAUGAUAUGUUUUUAAAUAGACAAUUCAACGUUGAUUCACAUAACCUUGUUUGUUUGGGGAAACUUUGUGGAGCUAGGUCUUAG